AUGAUUUUAUCAUACAUUUAUAAUAUAUUAAAAUUUAAAAAAUGGGAAUUACUAUUUCUUUUAACAAUUUUAAUAGCAUUAAAAUGGUCCACAAUUAUUACAUUUCGACCAGAUAUGAAUCGUUUGAUGGAAUUACAUAAAUGUCCAUUAUGUUUUGGUACUUCUGCGUGUAAUUAUAUUCAUGAAAUAGAUAUUACAUUUCAUGAUUUUUAUUCCGUGUUUUCUUAUUUUUUCGGAGUAAAAAAUGUAUUUUUUGGCUCUUUUAAUAAAAAUAGGGUCGUUCUGAAGAAAUUGGCUAAAAAUUUUGAAUUAGAUGAAUUUGACAGAAUAGUUUGUGAAAAUAAAAAUAUUUCUCAUAUUUGUACAAUAAAUACAAAAGAUGUAGAUGAUAAUAUUAACAUCAAUUUUCAUAAAUUCAUUGAAAAAGAAGUCAAUUUGAAUUUUAUAAAAAAUAAUUUUAAUGGUUUAAAACUUUGUCCUACAAUCCAACAUUUAGAUAAUUUUUUAAAAGAUGUAUAUCGUAAUAAAAAAGAUAUUCCUAAAAAAAUAUUUGAUAUUAAUAUCUGGACACUAAUUGUUCUUAAUCCUGAACCUCUUUUUCUUCAGAUAUUAUCUGCAGAUAAAGAUUGGCCUGUACCAAAAUAUUUUGGUGCUUGUGGACGCAUUGUAAUUGAAGAAUAUAUUGGAUUACCAUUAACUGCUUAUUAUAAUGAACCAUGGUUACAUAGAGCUAAAAUAGCUUCAAGUCUUCUAGAUGCAGCUUACAAGUUUACAUAUAAAAGCAAAAAUUUUGGUUUUUAUUUAACUGAUAUAUCUGCUGAUAAUAUAGCAAUUGAUAUGAAUAAUAAUGCAAAAUUUGUAGAUUUAGAAAAUAUUAUUGUUGUUGAUAAAAAUAUUGUUCCUGCAGAAAGAUCAACUACAUGGAAUCAAUUACAAGUAAAUACUGAAAAUUUUAGUUGUCCGGAAUGUCUUGCAUUUUCUUCUGUUGAUAUAUGUAAUCAUAAAGUUAGUGAUCACAAUUACUAUGCAAUAUGCAAGAUAUUAUUAGCAUUAAAUAUAAAUAAUAAUAUACUUCCUGGUGGGCUUUUACAUGAUAUACCUAUAGAAAUAUUAAAAAACUAUCCAGAUAUACAAAAUCUAUUACAACAAUGUGUAAAUCCUGUAUCAUCUAAUAGAAUAUUAGCUGGGAUACAAUUUAAAAAUCUAUUAGAUAUUAUAAUACAAAAUCAAACAUAAAAAUAUAAAAAUUAACUAAACUAUUCAAUUAACUAUAUUUAAAUAUAUAAAAGUAUUUAAAUUAAUUCCACAAAAUUUUCAUAUAUAAUUAAUAUUUGAUUUUCUGUAUGUAUAAAUAAAAUGUACAAUAUAAGUAAAAGAUGAGAUUGAAAAAUUAAUUAUUUAUAAUAUUAUAUAUUUAUAAUAAACAAUAAUUUUUUAUUGAUUAUUUUUUAUGCUUUCUUGGAAAUUUAUAUAAUAUAAUAUUGUUAAAAUAAAUUAUAAUAUAAUUUAUAUAUAUUUUUAUUUUUAUAAAUAAAAGAAUUAAAAACAAAUGUAACAAAUAAAAAAAUAGAUAUAAUAAAUAAAUUUUAUAAAAUACAAA